AGCGCCAAGCGCGGGCUCGUCGCGUUUAGACGGCGUCAUUCGUGGCUGCUCGCAAGUCUUUCGUGUUGAUUGUGAGUGAGUGCUGUAUAACUACGUCGCGCAAUGGCUGGCGGAAAGGCGGGCAAGGAUUCCGGCAAGGCAAAGGCGAAGGCGGUCUCGCGUUCGGCCAGGGCCGGCCUACAGUUUCCCGUAGGCAGAAUUCAUAGGCAUUUGAAAAACAGGACUACGAGUCAUGGUCGAGUAGGCGCUACUGCGGCAGUAUACAGUGCGGCCAUUUUGGAAUACCUUACAGCCGAGGUGUUAGAGUUGGCGGGCAAUGCAUCAAAGGAUCUGAAAGUAAAACGUAUCACACCUAGACAUUUGCAACUUGCCAUUCGUGGUGAUGAAGAAUUAGAUAGUCUCAUUAAGGCAACUAUUGCGGGAGGAGGUGUCAUUCCACAUAUCCACAAAUCGCUUAUUGGCAAGAAGGGUUCACAGAAACCAGCAUAAUUUAGCGAUAAUUGACAAUUGAACAUUUUAAGAUUCGUGGGUAAAUGGGAGAAGGAGAAAGAAGCGGUGGAAUGUUUGUUGACAAAGUGUACCUAGGUUACUAAAUCAAUGGCGAGACUGGCGUGAUAUAUACAUAGGAUAUAUAUAGAUAUAUAAAUAAAACAGAUAAUGAUAUAAUUUAAUAUAGGUAAAAGUAAGAGAUAAAAAAAAACAAAUGUUCUUUACACAAUUGGCAAACGGGUAAGACAGGGAAAGAGAGACUUUUAGGCCGAGCAUAGAAAAUUCUUAGUGAGUUGCGAGCGAUGCGUUAUAGCAUGGCUCACUCGAGACGACGGCAGUCUUUGGUACGGUUUGCAAUUUACAAGCAUUGUGAAAAUAUCGGAAGUACUUUUCGACGUAUAUAAUAGACGGCUUACUCUUGUAGUGUUUUGCGGUAAAACAUCUAAUAAAGGACAAUGAUAUUUCAGAGGUAUUCUAUAUUGGUUACACAAAAUAUAAUAGGAAAGGGGGCUUUAUAUCUGUCAAUCCCCCUUUUGGAUUAUUAGAAAUAAAUAACAAACCUCUACUGUAUUUUUAUCUUGUUUCCAUUUUCACCGCUGCUAUUUACUGUGGUAAAUUGUCUAUUAUAUAAGUCACAAAAGUAUCAGAAGACGUGUGAAAGCGUUUUUACUUACCAUGUUUAAGUAUUUAUCAUAUAUCGAAGAUAAAACUAUAAAUUUUUUCACCGAAUCGCCGUCGCUUGAUUUAGCUUUUUCAUUUUGCUUUUAACCCGUCACGUAUCGUCAAAUACAUAUUUUAUUAACUUGUCUCUAAACAACACCGCUCUUGUUUCAUUAUAAGACAUAUGCAAUGUGCGCAAUUUAAUUCAUUUAUUGUUCACACGAAUUCAAUUAUACUCUACAUUUAUUGCAUACA